AUGAGCGGCCAUAGUCGAAGCUCCAGAAUCCAUUCGACGACUAGAUUUCAAGGCUCACGUUCUUCCCCGGAGUCAAACCGGUUUCAGAAUUUUUCACAUUGCCUGAAAUCAUCGGCUUGUGUGGUGUUUUUCCAUCGGAGAAGAAUUAGAGCAUGUGUGUGGAAAUUAAGAUUGCGUUUGAUAAGAAAACCGGAGAUCAUUGCGGAUGCAUUUCUUAUUGUUGGUCAUGGUGGUGGUUUAGCCAAACCCCUGGUUACAGAAGCGGAGGGGCAAAGAUUCUCCUUUUCUAUUGGUGAUGAUGAUUUAACUUCAAAACGUUGUCAUGUUCAGGCAAUUUUGGCUGUUGUUUUGAACUUUGAUAAGACUGGAAGGUUAAUCAAGUAUGAUAGAUCAUGCAAAAAGGAACCCAAGACGUGUUUGCUCAGCUUCCGAGUGAAUCUGAGUGAAUCAAGAGAGGUUGUGGAGGUGCUUAGGGAUAAAAAAGGAAAGAGAUUGAGAUUUAUAAGUGAAGUGGAGGAGAAAGAUGGUAAGCUUUGGAUUGGUUUAGUUCUCAUGCCGUUUCUGGCCUUCUUCGUGUUUAUGAUUUGUUGUUUUCUGCAUUAUUGAGAUAUUACUGUCUUUGCAUUGUUACAAUGUUGAUUGUCACAAGUACUAUAUGUCUAUGUGUACAUUAAGUCAUUAACUCUUUUAUUUUACGUCCUUUUUGUAUUCAAAAUUAGUGUUAGAAGUGUUUAGUGUUUACUAUAAACUA